UGUCAGUAUCUCCAGCCUCUUUCCGGCAUCUGUGAUCUAGCCAAUGCUGCCACAUCCACUCCCCCCGGACCUUUGCUCCUGGCCUCACGUUUAUCUGACACUGCACCUAGCCCCUGGCACUCACUUUCACUCACUGCCUGUCCAUCCCUCGGCCUGACUAUGUGCACCGGCAAGUGUUCGCGUUUCGUGGGGCUCUGCCUCAUCCCCCUGUCCCUGGUCUGCAUCGCGUCCAACGCUCUCCUGAUGGUGCCCAGCUGGAAGACCUACUCGAUCACCAAGCUCAGCAAGCACGUCUUAUACAUGGCUGGCUUCAUUGGCGGGGGCCUGAUGGCACUGUGUCCAGGAAUUACAGCUGUUCGAGCAGGUGGCAAGGGUUGUUGCGGUGCAGGAUGCUGUGGAAAUCGCUGCCGGAUGCUGCGGUCUGUCUUCUCCUCGGCGUUUGGGGUGAUUGGAUCCAUCUAUUGCCUCUCUGUAUCAAGUGCAGGCCUCCUUAGUGGACCACUUUGCAGAAUUAAUGAAGAUAGUUGGAGCUACCCCUUCGAAGGGGAUGCAGGUGCUUACUUGUUCAAUAAUACUCUGUGGAGUACGUGCUUGGAGCCCACUAAAAUAGUCCAAUGGAACAUGAUAUUAUUCUCGCUGCUGGUGGGUGCCUCAUGCCUGGAGAUUGUGCUGUGUGGCGUACAACUGGUGAAUGCAUCCAUUGGUGUCUUCUGUGGUGACUGCAGAAAGAAAGAGGGCUCCGUUCACUGAGGCUUCACUGACUUCCCUGCUGCUCCUGGAUACCCCACCCCCUUUCCCUGAAACGGUAGAAUAAAACACUUGAGCUCUCUUCCACAUCUCAGAUUGUGCCCUAUGGGACAUGGAAGGACUGGCCGAAGGCCUCCAGAUAUAUCUGGCACUCUCCUGCUUGCAGCUGCUUGUUAUACUCUUUCUAU